AUGGCCGUGCCGCGGGAGCCGCCGCCGCCCGCCCCGGCGCUGCCGCCCGCCCCCGCCGCCGCCGCCCCCACCUUCGCCGCGGCCCGCGGGCUCGUCGGGCGCCGCUACUCGUGCCUGGUGGUGGCGCCGCACCGCAGGCACGUGGCGCUGCCGCCGCGCUUCCUGGGCCGCAAGCGCUCCGGCAUCCGCGCCCAGCUGGACGCGGAGCUGCUGCGAUACUCGGAGAGCCUUCAGGGUGUGCCCGUGGCUUACGACAACAUCAAAGUGGUGGGGGAGCUUGGCGACAUUUACGACGACCAGGGAUUCAUCCACCUCAACAUCGAGGCGGACUUUGUCAUCUUCAGCCCCAAGAAAGGGAAAAAGCUGGUGGGUAUAAUUAAUAAAGUGGCCCCUAGUCAUAUUGGCUGCCUGAUACAUGGAUGCUUCAAUGCAUCUAUCCCUAAGCCUGAACAAAUGUCAGUUGUACAGUGGCAAGAGCUGGGGUUAAAAAUAGGGGAUGAACUGAAAUUUCAAGUGUUGCACUUGGAUUCCGAUACAGCUGGGGUGUUCUUCAUUCGAGGAGGACUCACUAAAAAAAGCAUGCGGCCCAAACGAUCUGAGACCACUACUGACAGUACAAAUGGGAAUGAAAUUCAAAAGCUUGACCACCAGGAAAAUGGCUUGAAUGACUCUGGGGAAGAUAAUGUAACAGAAGAGCCUUUAAAUGGGACAAAUAACCUUGGGAGGGAAAAUGAAGAAGGGCAAAGUGUUGAUGCUGUGAAUGGGUUAUGUGAUGAAACAGGCAAGAAGAAAAAGAAAAAGAAAAAGGACAAACAAGAACAGGAACAGGUAUUGCCUACCAGUGACUCCAGUGGUUACCAAAGUGACCAUAAAAAGUCAAAGAAAAAGAAAAGAAAGCAUUGUGAAAUUGAAGAAAGUGAAUUAUCUCAGCUGUCAGAAAAACCCAAAGCUAAAAAGAAAAGGGACUAAAGCCUGAUGUGCCUUUCCUGAAUUAGAUUUCAGACAUGUUUUGUAAGUUCCAAUAAAACCCUGUUUUCAAAAUGCAUAUGUGUAU